CCCCCUGCCAGCCCUGCUGCCCCUCCCAGCGCGGCCCCCCCAGCCUCGGGGGCUGGAGGGGCUGGGGGGCCCGGUGACCACGGUGGACGGGCGGCGGGAGGACGACAUCGCCGUCAGGGACCCCCGGCUGCUGCUCAGACCCCCCGGCGGGGCCCUGCUGGCCCAGAGCCCCCCGGCACACAAAGCCCCUCCAUGGAGGAGCACCUGGCUGUGAUGCACGAGAAGCUGCGGCACGAGCUCCCGAAUUUCUUCCUGAAAAUCCCGGAUUACGGAUUGUACUCCCAGGACGUGGAGUUCAUCAACCACCUGCUGCACCUGCACACCAGGGGCCGUCCCAUGUACCAGCUGGCCGUGGCGCUGUGCAAGGCGCUGGCCUGGGGGUACUUUGCCAGCCUGAGGCUGGAGGUGCUGGCGCUGACCCGGCACCCCGAGGACUGGAGCGUCCGCGCCCGCUGGAGGCUCACGGGGGUGCCCCUGCACCUGCUGCUGCUGUGCUUCUACCGCAGGGACAAGCGCCAGCUGCUCAGGUCCUACGACGCAUUCUCCACCUUCUUCCUCAACUCGCAGGGGCUCAUCCGCUGCCACCGCGUGGACAAGCUCAUGCCGGCCCCCACGGCCGUCCCCGAGGCCAAGAAGCUGUUGGUGGCCGCGGCCGUGGCCGUGGCCGUGGCCGACCCCGCGCCCGCCCUGCGCCUGCUGCUGCGGCCCGAGGCCACCUCGGGGGACACCUGAGCCCCCCGGCGCGUCCCCCGUGUGUCCCCUGUCCCCUGUGUGUCCCCCCCCGCCCCCUUAACUUAAUGUACAGAAUAAACUCGGACGGAGCGGC